AUGCCGGACAUCGAAAACGCCGAAAGUCUCCUCGAGUUGCACGAGAAGUUCUAUAAGAACGUUGCAAACUAUCCCGCGAUUCCAAAAUUCCGUCUGUUUGGGGCUCAGUGGGCGAAAAGAUUGCAUGAUCACGUGGCCGAAGUCCUUGAGCGACAAAAGGCCGUCGACGAGGCUUUGGUAUGUCUCUCGGUGAAUGGGUCCAAGAGCUUGACCACGUUCACUUGUCCUAGGCGUGAUGUGAGAAAGAAGAUAAAGGAGAACAAAGAUGGACUUGGUCUGUUAUGGCAGCGUGUAGAAAACGCAUGGAAAGAGUAUGACGGAAGUCUUCGUGAAUAUGCGCAAGAUCUAUGCUUGGUUGGUGAAAUAUACAGGCUACCAGCACAGCAUCCUUACUUUGGCGAAUUCUUGACGUAUUAUCGUUCCCUUUUCGACAAAAGCGGUGUGUAUCGUCCAACGGGUGAAUCGUCCAAAGACUACGAGGACAAGACAGCCGAAGACUUUUGCUCGAUCCUGGAUACGGGUAAGAAUGAUGUUCUCACCAACUUCUAUAUCAACCAUAGUAAAUGGUUCGAGAAUCACAUCUGGAGCUUCUUCCGUCGUGGCGCAGCCAAAGGGACUAUGGAAACAAGUGUCGGUCUCGAUACAAUACGCAUGACCGUGGAUUUCAUCGUCUGUACAUUCAUACCAAUUUUGAUGAUGGUAACCAUGUUUGUAUUGACAAGCAUCCGGUCUCUCAAGCCCCGCAUCGCUGUUUCGGGGGGAAUAGGCUGGGUCUUUGCCUUUGCUGCAAUCGUCCUCUCACAGCAGCAUUCUCGCUCAGAAAUGUUUAACUAUACAGCCGCCUUUUUCGCGGUCGUAGCUGUCUUCGUAGGGGUUACGACUGAUAGUACAAGAUAA